GCGCGGGGGGCGUGGUGCGCCCAGCGGGGCGGGUGGUCCCAGCCCGCGGCCGGCGCCUCGCAGCGGCCCGCGCGUCGGGCGGCGCUCUGGCUCCGCGGGUUUGUCUGUCCGCCCGUCUCCGCUGCUCGCGCCCCGCCUGCCCCUCACUCGCCGGGAAGAUGGCUGCCGUACGCCGGGCCCGCAGUUACUCCCGCUGCGUGGUGCGCUUCUCCGACCGAGAACUCUGCUAAUUUCCCCCUCGGGGACGACGCGCGGGCCGAGAGGGGGGGGACGAAGGCCCCCGGGACGGGACGGCGCCGCCCGAGCGCUGGCAGCAUGGCAGAAGCUGAAGAAGAUUGUUACUCUGAUUUGGUAAGAACUGAUGACAAUGAAAGAUCUGGUGAAGCAAACCUUCAGGCAGAGCUCCAGAUGUUCAGAGCUCAGUGGAUGUUUGAGCUUGCCCCAGGUGUAAGUUCUAGUGGGUUGGAACCUCUGCCAUGCAGAACAUCAUCGAGAGGACCUGGAGUAAAGUCUGUAGAUACCAGAGGGAAACAGGAGAUAGCAAAAGAGGAAAAGGCAAAAGAACUUUUCCUGAAGGCAGUGGAAGAAGAACAAAAUGGGGCCCUUUAUGAAGCCAUCAAGUUUUAUCGUCUAGCCAUGCAGCUUGUCCCUGACAUAGAGUUUAAGAUUGCCUAUACACGGUCCCCAGAUAGUGAUGGAGUUGGAAAGAGGUGUGUUGAGGAUAAUGAAGAGGAUGGCAAAAUGGCUGAUCUCCUGUCAGAUUUCCAGCAACAGUUAACCCUUCAGGAAUCUUCUGUCAAACUUUGUCAGCCUGAGCUUGAUGUCAACCAGACCCAUAUUUCAGCGUUGCCUCUGGAGGUAUUAAUGUACAUUUUCCGAUGGGUGGUUUCGAGUGACUUGGACCUGAGAUCAUUAGAGCAAUUAUCUCUUGUUUGUCGAGGAUUUUACAUUUGUGCCAGAGAUCCUGAAAUCUGGCAUCAAGUCUGUUUGAAAGUAUGGGGCAGGAGCUGCAAUAAACUUGUUCCGUAUUCCUCCUGGAGGGAAAUGUUUUUGGAAAGGCCUCGUGUUCGAUUUGAUGGUGUAUAUAUCAGCAAGACAACAUACAUACGCCAAGGAGAACAAUCUCUUGAUGGUUUCUAUAGAGCGUGGCACCAAGUGGAAUAUUACAGGUAUUUGAGGUUCUUUCCAGAUGGUCAAGUUAUGAUGCUUACGACGCCUGAAGAUCCGCAAUCUAUUGUUCCUCGCUUACGGACUAAAAAUACAAGAAUGGAUGCAAUCUUGCUUGGUCACUAUCGCCUUUCCCAGGAAACAGACAAUCAAACCAAAGUAUUUGCUGUAAUAAUGAAGAAAAAAGAAGAGAAACCGGUUGACUUCCACAAAUAUAGGUAUUUCCGUCGUGUUCCAGUACAGGAGACAGAACAUAGUUUUCAUGUAGGACUUCAGUUGUGCUCCAGUGGGCGCCAGAGGUUCAACAAACUUGUUUGGAUACAUCAUUCUUGUCACAUAACUUACAAAUCGACCGGUGAGACAGCAGUUACUACUUUCGACAUUGACAAAAUGUACACCCCUUUGUUCUUUGCACGAGUGAAGAGUUAUACAGCAUUUUCAGAAAAGCCGCUCUAAGAAACACCUUUUCCUCUCACAAGUCAUGCAUGAAUAAAAGGAGUCCUUGUGUUACAGAUGUGUUCAGAGAACACCCAGCUGGUGACCCUCGCUGUGCCCAUGCCCAAGCCACCCACUUUGCAGACAGAGGUGAUGUUGGCUCUCAAGAAGAUGUGUGUGAGCUCAGCUUUCUCUUGUUAUGCUUCAGAGCUUUCCUGAAGCCCAGGCCUGGAAGCAGGCUUGACUCUUUUAAUAGACAAGAUCCAGACACACAACAACUUCUGCCUCUGAAUCUGAAGGAGAGUUAUGCUGUGGUUAUACAGCUGCUGCUGAUUGUGUCCAGGAACUGUGAGUUUGGUGCUGCUAGUCUCAAAUUCCUACAACUCUGCUCCUACUAUGAGCAAACAGCCUGCAUUGUUAGGGUAAAGUAAAUCAGGACUUUCUGGAUCACAGCUUCGGCGCUUAAAAAUUACAUUCGUUUCCUUGAUAGUUUUCCCAGUCACUUUUUUCAACUGACUGCUGCUUGUAAUGCCACUUUGCCAUUUGCAGUGCUGUGAUGGUAGCGUUUCUGGAAAACAACCUGAGCAAGGAUUUCAGUUAAAGCUUUUUUUACUCCCUUGCUGUAAAUAUGCGCUCAGCUAUCAACAGGACUAAGAUGGAACAGGAGUUGGAAAAGCUAUAGCCAUCAUGGAAAUGGAGAGGCUGUUUUGUUUUUAAAAGACCAUGUUACGAAGUUUAUCCGGACAAUGACAGCUACUUGCUGCAGCAGUGUUGUCUGUGCUGCAAUCACUCUUCAGUGAACUGGUAAAAGAUGUGCUUGGAUCCCCAGCCAUGUGAAUGCAGAUUGAUAUUUAGCCAUCUCCCUGUCAGUCUGAUGGCUCCCAUUAAUAACUCUUGAACUUGCUGACCAAUUUCAAAAUAAAUUUGACCAGUUAUACAGUUCUGAUGCAAGCGCCAACAGAUGAUGUUUUAAAGUAUCUAUUUAGAAGAACUUGAAGCUUGUUGCUGCUUAAUGAGGUUUUCUUCUCUUACUGGAAUAGGGGAUCAGAGAGACCAACCAGUUAGAAACACUGAAGGGGUCCCUUGCCACCCAGAAGGGAUCUUUUUGGGAAAGCAUUAGUUUUACAGGAAAGAGCUAUAAAAUGGAUAUAAAACCAGAACACACUUCACUUGACCUUGAGGGAAAACCUCUGCCUCCACAGGCCCUGCUCUGUUCAAGGCCAUGGCCGAGGAGCUGGCGUUGAUAACAGAGGACUAAAGUCACAUCAGUGAUGGUAUGAUUGCCAGAUGACGUGAAGAGCUGCAGUUCAAAUCUUGGCAUAACUGGUUUUGAGAAAUGAAGAGCACUCUAAUCAGAGACAAGCCCUCCCAGCCAGUUUUGGCUCUUCAUUUACUAACUCAAAACAGAAGGAAUGAACACAGUGUGAAAAGCUGAUCAAAGGCCUUCCUGGCUUGCCCUGCUUUCUGAAGGGCCUGUCUGUGCCUCAAGAAUUGCUUGCCAUCCAGGAGGUCAUCCCGUCACUCACAAACUCAAGCACCCAAUGAGGAGAAGGCAACUGCCUGACUUGAGAAGAGCUACACUGGAUAUUAAAUGUUCCUAGAAUCACAGAACAGCUGAAGUUGGAAGGGAUCUCUUGAGAUUAUCUGGUCCAACUUGUACUUAGGGACACCCAGAGCAGUGGGCCCAGGAACAUGUCCACAUGGCCUUUGAAUAUCACUUUUUUGGGCAUGUGGAUGCAUUGCUGUCUCAUGUUCAACUCGGUGUUCACCAGGACCCAUAGGAGCAUCCUACCAGGACCCAUAGACUUGUUAUCCUGCACUGAAGGCAAUGCUUCCUUGCUCCUGAAGGUGAGCAGUGUUGAAAUUUACUUUGCUGAAGACAAAACCCCGUGGAGCCUGGGAACUGCAGCAGCUCUGGGAGAAGACACUGUGUUGAAUCAGGACAUUGCACAAGAGCCAGCUUCAAACUGUUUAGGGUAUUUAGAUGCGCAACAUUAAUAUCCUACUCAUGCUCUGCUUUGAUUGCUGAUUGCAUCUAUUUAUAAUUGGACGUCAUCAGAGUUCCUUCACUUUUUCCUCUUAAAUAGACUGCACCACCUUCUCAUCCUUCUCCACCUUUCCUGCCCUCCUGCGGAGUCCCACCAUGGGGCCACUUCUACAUUUUGCUUGUGGUAAAGUAAAAGAUUAUGUGGUUCCAUUCUAA